CUAGGCGGGGCGGCGCUCGCGCUGUUGUGCGGCGCCAUGGGCAAAAAGCACAAGAAGCACAAGGCCGAGUGGCGCUCAUCGUACGAGGAUUAUGCAGACAAGCCCCUGGAGAAGCCCCUGAAGCUGGUCCUGAAGGUCGGAGGAAGCGAGGUGACUGAGCUCUCCGGGUCUGGCCACGACUCCAGUUACUACGAUGACAGGUCGGACCACGAGCGGGAGAGGCACAGAGAAAAGAAAAAAAAGAAGAAAAAAAAGUCAGAGAAGGAGAAGCACCUCGAUGAUGAGGAAAGGAGGAAGCGAAAGGUGGAGGCAGGCAGCUGCAGCGUCUGGGGAGGAUCCAGCCCCGUCGGCCCUUACCUUCCUACGGGUCAGUCAGACUCGCAGGAGCUGGUGUGUCAGGAUGUCGCAGGUGGUUCCCGCUGGGAGGAGGGGUCUCGCCUCUGCUGGGCAGUUGCCACCUGGCCCUUGUGGGGGACGCGUCAGCACUGUGUCUGCGAGGUCCUUGUGGGGGACCCGUCAGAGCUGCAUGUCUGCGAGGCCCUUGUGGGGGACCUGUCAGCACUGCCUGUCUGCGAGGCCCUUGUCAGGGACCCGUCAGCACUGCAUGUCUGCGAGGCCCUUGUGGGGGACCCGUUGGCACUGCUUGUCUGCGAGGCCCUUGUCAGGGACCCGUCAGCGCUGCAUGUCUGCGAGGCCCUUGUGGGGGACCCGUCGGCACUGCUUGUCUGCAGGGCUCUUGUGGAGGACCCGUCAACACUGUGUGUCUGUGAGGCCUGCAUUGGGGACAUGUGGACACGUCACUGCUGCGUGUCUGUGAGGAAAGAUCCUCAUGGAUUUUUUGCUUUCCCCGUCACGGAUGCUAUUGCUCCUGGGUACUCAAUGAUAAUAAAACACCCGAUGGACUUUGGCACAAUGAAGGACAAAAUCGUCGCUCAUGAAUACAAGUCUGUUACAGAGUUUAAGGCGGAUUUCAAGCUCAUGUGUGACAACGCCAUGACCUACAACAGGCCCGACACCGUGUACUACAAGCUGGCCAAGAAGAUCCUGCACGCAGGCUUCAAGAUGAUGAGCAAACAGGCAGCACUCCUGGGCAGCGAGGACACGGCCGUCGAGGAGCCUGUGCCCGAAGUCGUGCCUGUGCAAGUAGAAACGGCCAAGAAAUCCAAAAAGCCCAGUAAAGAAGUUCUUAGCUGCGUGUUUGAGCCCGAGGGGAAUGCCUGCAGCCUGACAGACAGCACCGCAGAGGAGCACGUGCUGGCGCUGGUGGAGCAUGCAGCUGAUGAGGCGCGAGACAGGAUCAACCGCUUCCUGCCUGGGGGCAAGAUGGGCUACCUCAAGAAGAACGGUGACGGGAGCCUGCUCUACAGUGUGGUCAACGUGGCUGAGCCUGACGCUGAAGCAUCUGGGAGCACCAGGCAGCUUUUGGUGACAGACAAGUCCCCACAGCAUCCGAGCACAGUGUUUGUGCAGUGCGCUGUCAUGCGGCCCAUAGCACCCGAGCACGGCGUUCGUGCAGAGCACUUGCAGACGGCCUCUUUCAGCCUGCAGGAGUUUGUGAAGGAUGCGGGGAGGUACAGCCAGAAGUUGGUGGAUGACCUCCUGGACCAGAUCACCGGGGGCGACCACUCCAGGAUGCUGGUCCGGCUGAAGCAGGUGGGUACCUUGCCCCGCCAGGCUGCACACUGGGCCCUGCUGCUGGCGUCUUCCUGGUCCACACGAGUGGUCAGAGAAGAACAUGCCGUUUUUAGGGAAUCACUAGCUAUUCUUCCCUUGCUGGCUUUGGUUUCUUUUGCUUUAAACAGUCAUUUUUACCUUUUGGAGAGACUUGAGAUCGAGAAAGGAAAAGUCCUGUAUGUGUGCCACGUGUUUGCAGUCCGUGGCGCUCUCCCUAACUCCCUGGGUCCAGCUUCUUUCCUCUGCUGGCAGUCUCCUUCACUCCAAAGCCGUUUCUCAGAGUGCAGGUCUACCGUCCGUAGAUUCGCUCAGCUCGUUUGCCUGAGAGUCUGUAUUUCGCCUUCGUCUGGGUCCGUUUUCCCUGCAUGGAGCACUAGACCAGCAAGCAAGGAAUCGAGGUGGGAGGAGAUCGAGGUAAUGGGGGAACAUCUGGGCACAGUCUGGAACCGUGGCUGUGUCUGCAAAGAAGCAGGUGUAGGAGGUGCCACGCGGCGGGCCCGACAUGCAGAGAACGUCCAGGGUCAGUGGCACAUGCGUGGGCAGGUGGUGGAGAGAGAAGCUCUGAUGGAGCGGGCACUAUGGGAGCUGUGGGUUGGAGACUCGCUUGGAGACGGUGGCGGCUCCGUUCUGGAUUUCAUGUCCAUGAAGCCGUAUUCUGACGUCUCUCUUGAUAUCUCUAUGCUUAGCUCUCUGGGGAAGGUGAAGAAGGAGCUGGACCACGAUGAGGGCCAUCUGGGUCUGGAUGAGACAACGAAGCUGCUGCAAGACCUGCACGAGGCACAGACUGAGCGUGGUGGCUCCCGGCCCUCAUCCAACCUCAGCUCCCUGUCCAACACCUCUGAGAGGGAUGCACACCACUUGGGUAAGCUCCAGGCCCUGCGGCAGUGCUGGUUCUUCAGAUUCCACGCAGCACCCACCUUAGGUACAGAAGUAGCAGUAGUUGGCGUUUGGGAAUAG